UUUUACCUGCGUACGGUAGAUUGCUUGUUUUGACAACCGUAGACUGUAAAUUUCUUGUGCUGGAAUUUACUCGUCAGCAUUUUAAGGUUGAUAGCAUAUUUAUCAGUGUUUUAUUGGCAAUUUUCUUAACGUGGAUACAAACGUGUAGUUUUAAACAGACUGCAGCGUUCUAUUUCGUGUCUGUAUUUGUGAACUGUUUUGGUGGUUUGCUUUGAGUAUUCGUGAUUGCUGUUUAUAUCGUUCUGGCUGAAAAUGACAGCAGUACUUCCAAGGAUUGAGCAGCUGUCUUCUCGAGUAAUUAGAGUUCUAGGUUGUAAUCCUGGACCAAUGACUCUACAAGGGACCAAUACCUACUUGGUGGGAACAGGAAAGAGGAGAAUUCUGAUUGACACAGGGGAACCAGCAAUUCCAGAGUAUAUUAGCUGUUUGAAACAAGCACUGAAUCAGUUCAACACCUGUCUUCAGGAAAUUCUGGUGACACAUUGGCACAUUGAUCAUGUCGGAGGGGUAAUGGAUAUAUACAGAGAAAUUCCAAGUGAAUUGGAGUUAAGCACAAGUAAACUUCCACGUGUUCCAGUUAAAGAGGAGUUUAUUGGACAAGGAAAAAUGCAAUAUAAGUACCUGAGAGAUGGGGAUGUACUGAAGACAGAUGGAGCUACACUCAGAAUUGUGUAUACACCUGGACAUACAGAUGAUCAUAUGGCCUUGCUUCUCGAAGAAGAAAAUGCAGUCUUUUCGGGAGAUUGCAUUCUUGGAGAAGGGACAGCUGUUUUUGAGGAUUUAUAUGAUUACAUGAAAUCAUUAGAAAAACUUCUAGAAAUUAAAGCAGAUAAAAUAUACCCAGGGCAUGGGCCAGUUGUUCAUGGUGCAUCAGCUAAAAUACAAGAAUACAUUGAUCACAGAAAUUUGCGAGAGCAACAGAUUUUGAAAGUCUUGCAAGAGCAUCCUGGGAAAUUCUUCACUUCAAUGGAACUUGUAAAAAUUGUUUAUAAGGAUACACCUGAAUAUUUGCAUACUGCAGCUGAGGUAAAUCUUAAUCACCAUCUUAAGAAGCUGAUGAAGGAGGGCAAAUUGUGCAAAGAAGAUGACUUCCAUCAGGUGAAGUGGAGAAGCAAUCUGUAAUAAGUUUGAAUUACUGCACUUUCAAUUCUGAUUUAUUUUCUUCUGCUGUUACUUCCCAUUUAAAAUUUGAAACAAUAUUCUUCAAAUCAUGAUUGCAAUGAAAAAUGAAAAGAAUUAUUUGGAAAAAUGAUUAUGGAUAUCUUGUUUACUUUCAACAGACCACAGAAAACUUGCUUUGUAAAAGGUGAGUAUCAAUGGCUUAUCUGGUAGCACACAUACCUUUGAUGCAGAAAGAUCAGAAGCCUGUGGAUUGUAUUCCCACAUCAGGUGGUCGGAUUCAUUUUUCUGAUAUUGACAGUGCAGUGCAGCAUAAGGAGGGUGCUGCACUACUGUGUGUGCUGUCCCCCAGAUGAGAUUUUAAACUGAGGUCCAUUCUUCUUGAGUUGGGGGUAACUCUGGUGUAAAGGAUGUGCCAUCGCUUAUAGAAAAGAAUAGAGCAAGUUUCUUGAUAUCCUGGCUUAAAGUCCCCUAGAUGGUGUGAAUUCCAUUUUGGAUCUUCCAUGAAAAGAGGCUGCUUACCUAAUGGAACUAACUCAGUCAACAAAGUGAAAUAAAUAAAUAAAUAAAUAAAUGAAUGUAAAUAAUACAUUUUCCUUGAAAUCCUGCCAUGGACUUGAUUGUCUUCAUUACUGUGAAAACCAGGUGUAUCAGGUGAUUUUCCCAGUAUGGACUUUCUUUUUGAAAAGCAGUAAACUUUGACAUAAUUUCCUGGAUUAUCCCUGUAAUAUAAUGUGUUAUCACUUGCAGACCUGUAUGUUGGCUAUAACAGGUGACAAGUCAUGUAGAUUUAUAGAUGGCAAUUGAUGUUUACUUUUUAUGCAUCCUGUCUAAAAUGCCAUGCUAGUCUCAGUGGCUCACUUUUAACGGGCUUCAUCUUACAGAAUCUCCGUCUACUUCAUGCUGGCAUUUGGAAGAAGACAUAAUUUUAAAUAAAAAGUGGAAGCAAGUAGACAGGACUGGCAGCUUGCAUACUAUGUAAAUGUUCUGAAAAUAUCUGACUGACUUUUCCUUUAAAAGAAAGGUGAAAGCUCUAACCAGUUGAGCAUCCUUUUACCCAGAUAUAAGCCACAUUUUAUUUCAUAAUGCCAGUAUAUGAAGGAUCCUUCUGAAAAUAUCCAAUUAGCUUAAAUCAGGGCUGCAAUAAUAUUUAAAAUGCAGAAACAAAAAUACCCCUUCUCUGACUUCCCUUUUGCUGUUCAUAUUCCACUCUAAAAUAUGUAGCAUAUCUAUAUGGAUACACAAAUGCUUGCUUUUGUUAGGUGUUGAAAGGUUGUUAUAUCUAGGUUAUUGGUAUGACUAAAAAGUAGCUAGAUUGUGUUCUUCUGCUGGCAUGUAUGAUGUUUUUUACUUGCAACUUUACUUAAUGUUUACUGUGAUCCCAGCAGCGAAAAUAAUUUUGAGUAAAUCUUACAGCUUUAGCUUCUAGUCAAAUAAAGUUAGCAUGUAACAGCAGAGCAUGAAUACCAUUUAAAAAAUAGUGACUUCUAGUGAUUCGAGUGCAGUGAAGAGUGACUACAGUCAUCUUUGUGACCUAAAUAUUUUCAGCUAUUA